AUAAAGAUAAGUAGCAGUUGAAAUUAUAACUACCUGUUUAUCCUCGAAGAGCUCCUGAGCUUGGGAGUUCUGUUAGUUUUGAGGUCCGAAUGCGUUUGACAAUGUCCUCCUCAGCUCUUCCUCUUCCUUUCUCGUCCUCAACUUUCUCCCAAUCCCCAGCUUCUUUAACCUUAACCCAUCACCCAAACUUCUGUUCUCUACUCCACGGCAACACUCUCACCGACGAACAACAAUGCACUGUAAAAAACGAGUCCAAACCCAGAACAAUUCGUUACCGUUUAGGCGAACUUUGCAGACAAGGCCAACCCCAUCUCGCACGCCAACUGUUCGACACAAUUCCUCAACCGAGUACUGUCCUAUGGAACACAAUUAUCAUUGGUUUUAUCUGUAACAACAUGUCCCAUGAAGCCAUUUCAUUCUAUUCCCGAUUGAAACAUGUGGGUUCAUCGACAUGUGAUCAGUAUACUUAUUCUUCUGUUCUCAAAGCUUGCGCUGAGACGAAACAGAUUCUUGUAGGUAAAGCCGUGCACUGCCACAUUCUUCGCUCGGGUAUUCACCCUAGUAGGAUUGUGUGUAAUUCUUUGUUGAAUAUGUACUCCACUUGUCUCGGAUUCGAAAAUGGUUCUCAUUGUGAUUUAGUUGAAAGAGUGUUUAGAACUAUGCGUAAAAGAAAUGUUGUUGCUUGGAAUACCAUAUUUUCGUGGUAUGUUAAAAGGAAGAGGUUUUCAGAAGCAGUUAGGUGUUUUGUUAUGAUGAUGAGAAUAGGCAUUAAGCCGACUGUUGUUAGUUUUGUUAAUAUUUUUCCAGCUGUCUCUGAAAUAGGGGAUGUUAGAGUCGCUGAUGUUCUUUAUGGUUCGCUUGUGAAAUUGGGUAAUCAAUACGUAAAUGACUUGUUUGUUGUUAGUGCUGCGAUUGUUAUGUAUGCUGAUCUUGGUUGCAUUGAUUUGGCGAGCAGAAUAUUUGAGAAUAGUUUUGAAAGAAAUACAGAGAUUUGGAACUCUAUGAUUAGCGGGUACAUUCAGAACAAUUUUCCUUUUAAAGCACUUGAUCUCUUUCUUGGAGCUGUAGAAGCAGAGGAUGGUGUUCCUAUUGAUGAUGUGACAUUUGUAUCCGCUCUUACGGCAACUUCACAGUUGCAGCAUUUGGAGUUUGCUCAACAGCUACAUGCAUGUCUGAUAAAGAAAUGCAUGGAUUCACAGGUUAUUUUGCUAAAUGCUAUGGUUGCCACAUAUUCUAGGUGUAACCGUGUUGGUGAUUCCUUUAAAGUUUUUAGUGGAAUGGAGGAAAGAGAUAUAGUGUCGUGGAACACCAUGGUGUCUGCUUUGGUACAAAAUGGACUUGACGAUGAGGCUUUGAUGCUAGUAUAUGAGAUGCAAAAGCUGGGGGUUGCAAUUGAUGCUAUAACAAUUACUAUUCUGCUUUCUGCGGCAUCAAAUCUCAGGGACAGGAAAAUAGGUAAACAGACCCAUGCUUAUCUUCUGAGGCACAAUAUUCAAUUUGAAGGGAUGGAAAGUUAUCUGAUAGACAUGUAUGCCAAAUCUAGCAUGAUUAGAGAAGCACAAGCAAUAUUUCAGUCAAACUGCACAAAUUAUAAAGAUCAGGCCACAUGGAAUGCUAUGAUUGCUGGAAACACUCAAAAUGGAUUAAUUGAACAAUCCUUUGUGGUCUUCAAGGAGAUGCUGGAGCAGAAUGUGAAACCGAAUGCUGUUACCUUAGCAUCACUUCUCCCAGCAUGCAGUCAGUCAGGAAGUAUAGCAAUAGGCAAUCAGCUACAUUGUUUUGCAAUUCGCAAUUUGUUUGAGAACAAUGUUUAUGUUGUCUCGGCUUUGGUAGACAUGUAUUCAAAAUCUGGCAGCAUUCAUUAUGCUGAAAGCAUUUUUCUAAAAUCCCCUGAGAAGAACUCUGUGACAUACACGAAUAUGAUUUUGGGAUAUGGCCAGCAUGGGAUGGGUAAAAAAGCUCUUGCGCUGUUCUACUCUUUGCGGGAGAAUGGUUUAAAACCAGAUGCUGUUACCUUUGUAGCAAUCUUGUCUGCUUGCAGCUACACUGGAUUGGUUGAUGAAGGUCUUCAAAUAUUUGAGCUGAUGGACGAAGAAUACGGGAUUCAGCCCUCAGCAGAGCACUAUGCUUGUGUGGUUGACAUGUUAGGAAGAGUUGGACGGUUGGAUGAAGCUCAUAAUUUUGCUAAACAGUUGGGCGAAGAGGGUAAUGUCUUGGGAAUAUGGGGAUCACUCCUUGCUGCCUGCAGAGUCCAUAGAAAUUUUGAAUUGGGGAAAAUUGUUUCCAGUAAGCUGCUUGAAUUAGAGGGGAGUGACAGAAUAUCUGGUUAUCAUGUUCUGCUUUCAAAUAUAUAUGCAGAGGAAGGAAACUGGCAGUCUGUCGAUAACGUAAGAAGAGGAAUGCGCAAAAUGGGAUUGUCAAAGGAGGUUGGAUGUAGUUGGAUUGGUACUUCUGGCUAUCCAAGCUGUUUUGUGUCUAGAGAUAGGAAGCAUCCUCAGAGCGACAUGAUAUAUGAUAUGUUGGGUCAUUUAACCAUCAAUAUGAAGGAUGUUGGUUAUAAGCCUAACCUUGAACUAAUAGAAGAGUGGAUGUAUGGGCUACAAGAAUAAAAAGGUAUUUUAGUUCAUCCACUAUGUACCUCUGUAUUGAAGACCUUUGUGGACAGGAUACUGUAGUUUAUCAGCAACCAGCUUGGCCUUUGAGAUUUGAGGUUAAUUGUUGAGACAUUUGAAGAUGAGUUCUAAUGGCAUGCUGUGCUUAAGCUUCACAUUAUAAGAUGAUUGGAAGCGCUUUCAGGGUACCAUGUUGAGUCUUAUCCUGCGCAUAAGAAGAUUGUUGAUCCAUCUUGCUACUGCGCAUCUGACGCUAAUCUGGUGACGUAGGUAUGUUGGUUUAUGGAUGGUAUGUUUGAUGUUUCCAACUAUAGGGACACUGGCGGCUCAUCAAGAGGAAAAUUUUCAUUUCUUACUAGAUUUUCAGAAGAAUGAAAUGACGGGAUCGUCCUGGUGAGGAAUCUCACUAGGCAAUUAAUGACUGAAGAAGAGCCGAUCAAAUUGGUGGUUAUAAUUUUAAGCAGUAAAUUUGUUGUAAGGCCAUUUGCUGGCAUAUUCAGUUAUUUUCUGAUGAAUAAGCUUAGAAGAAGAAAUUUACAGAAAAAUAAUUCUUUGUACAAUAUGCACAACAAUUUGAAAUAUUGUCAAAACCUAGAGGCAAUGUCUUCUCUUGAGCUGACACCAGGCGCAAACAAGGGAUUGUCAGCUGAUGAUAGAAGUUGUUCCCAUAAAGGGCAGCUGUCAAUGAUAUAUUUGCUCUGUAACUUGCUGACGGUGGAGUAGCCAUGAUAUUACUAGGACUGAGAAGGUGUCAUACAAACCUUGUCCUCAAUAUUCUUUUAUGUCAACUAUUGAGUUGUUGCCAGCAUGAGUCCUACAAUUGGACCUUUCACCUCCUAUUUGCUAUGGUUGCAAGAGAACAUAACAUGUGGAUUUGGAAGAUGACAUGUAGCGGAGUGUUCCUCAAUCUAUGACAACGUGAACGCGAAGGCCUUCGUCAGGUUCCUUUUGUAUCUCGGGUUUGGUACUUGAAUCGCAGCUCAGUGAGGAUGAUCCUAUGGCUGUGGCAGAGGGGUCACUAGCACUGGUCAAGAGCAAGAUUUCGAUGCUGUUUGGAGGGGAGAGCCGGUUCACGAAUUUUUUGGUGGAAGCAGAUCUCCUGAUGGACUUUCUGCGGAGGAAUAAAAGGAUAUCUGUUGGCAUACAUUCAUCUUGGUUCUUUUGAAUGCUCUAGUACCACCUGAUCGGUCUAAUUGUCACCUUUGAUCUUCACCCUUGCAUUGUCUUGUUGUGCAAUGCAACAACCUUUACUAACAAGAAACCACCAGAUAUCCCAGAAGUUCACCUUCCAGAGGAGCCAAAGCCUGCCUUGAGAUCCCUUCUGCUCUGCGGAUUGAAUUAACCAUGCUCUUACAGUGUUGCAUGAAAUUGCAUCUGGGAGAGAUCUGAAGAAGUUCCUCGCCGUCAUUGCUGAUCUAUGGGUCUUCUCAGUUGUGAGCAAUUGCUGCAACUUCUUGACACUGUUUUACAUAUGUCAGUGCAAUUUUUCUGUGAUCUUAUGUUCCUUUUGUAUUUGCUAUAUCUUCUUAACUGAUACACUUUUUCAUGGUCUUCCUCCUAGUGAACCCGCAUAUGUAGUCAUUCAUACAGUUCCUUUUUUCACAAGUAUGACGAUAAAGUGGAUCCAUUCGCUGAGAAAGCAGUGCAGGAAAUCAAGAGAAUAUAUGCUGUCUUUGAUGCCAAGGUUUUGAGCAAAACUCCCAAAGGACCAUUACAAGAUAAAAAGAGGGCAUAGAUGUGUUGAGCGGGAGAUUUAGGUAGGUGUGUUUUACGCAUGAACCUGUGUUAUUUUUAAUAAGAGGACUGUGAAUUCAUGAACGCCUAUCCUAGUAGUGCUAAUUCUGACUCACUGUAAUGGUAGUAGUGUUAGCAGUAUCAAUUCAUACCUGUUGGAUGUUUGAAAGGUUUAGUAUGGCAGUAAUUAGUCCAGUGUUUGAGACUUGAGAUCAGGGAAUUAGAAUUCUGAAAUCUGUACAUUUUCUUUAGUUCGAAGAUGCUUAAUCACUGCAGUUUUGUUGCUGAA